AUGGCCAAAGUUCAUAUAACCAAUGUAGUUGUAUUAGACAAUCCAAGCCCAUUUCUCAAUCCGUUUCAAUUCGAGUUAACCUUUGAAUGCAUCGAAGAACUCAAAGAAGAUUUGGAAUGGAAGAUGAUUUACGUUGGUUCUGCGGAAACGGAAGAGCACGAUCAAGUUUUAGACACAAUUUACGUUGGACCCAUCCCAGAGGGAAGACACAUGUUCGUAUUUCAAGCGCCACCACCGGACGUCACAAAAAUACCGGAGAAUGACGCUCUCGGAGUUACUGUCGUAUUAUUAACGUGUUCGUAUCGGGGACAGGAGUUCGUGAGAGUAGGCUAUUUCAUAAAUAAUGACUACAGUGAAAGCGAACCUGAAUUACGAGAGAAUACACCAGCUAAGCCUCAGUUUGAUAAAGUAGUGCGUAAUAUAUUAGCUUCAGCGCCCCGUGUGACGCGGUUUAAGAUAAACUGGGCAGAGCCUGAUGCUGGUACGGCCAUCGACGCUGGUGACAGCAAUCUAGAAAUUUCUCAUGCGCCCAGCAACGACUCUUACAGUGCUAGUUUUAAUGCUGAGAGUCAGAUAAGUGGAAUAGAGUUUCAAGGUAGUUUAAGCGGCUAUGGAGACAAUUCUAACUCAAUAGCGCCAAUGGAAUGCUGA